ACACUUCGCGGACGUCACUUCCGUCAACAAUGCCAUGUGUUGAUUACAUAAACUGCCCAGCAGCGAAGUUUUUUGCAGAUUCAUCAAGUUAGGCAUGUGCUAAACAUCAUGGCAGCUGUAUCACUUGUCCAGGGAGCGAGUCGCGGAAUUGGACUUCAGUUCUGUCGUACAUUGCUUGCCCGUGGUCCAGACUCUGUUGUCAUAGCGACAUGUCGAUCACCAAACUCUGCAACAGAUCUUCAAAAGCUGUCCCAGCAAUACCCGAGCCAGCUCCGCAUCCACCAGCUAGACAUUACAAGUGAGGGUGAUAUAGAAAAAUCAUCACGCAUAAUCACUGAAGAAACAGACAGACUGGAUCUCCUCAUCAACUCUGCAGGCAUGCUGCAUCCGUCCGGGCGUGGAGAAACAAGUCUCAAGGACGUAUCCGCAGAGGGGCUUUCAGUCACCCUGAUGACCAAUGCGUUGGGGCCAACCCUGAUGACCAAGUAUUUCAGCCCCCUCCUGGCUAAGGGGUCGGGGGUGUUCGGGCUGCAAGCAGCGGAACCUAAAGCCAGACAUUCUGCUGUCCUGGUCAACAUGUCGGCCAAGGUCGGCUCCAUUACAGAUAAUGGUCUCGGAGGCUGGUACAGCUACCGAAUGUCUAAAGCUGCCCUCAACAUGGCUACGAAGAACCUCAGCAUUGAACUUGGCAGAGGUCGCAACAAGGUGAUCUGUGUAGCGCUGCACCCGGGGACAGUGGACACAGACUUGUCCCGCCCCUACCACAAGGGUGUGCCAAACUUGUUCACCGUAGAGCACUCUGUGAACUAUCUGAUGGAUGUUAUAAAUAGUCUCACACUGAAGGACUCUGGGAAAUACCUCACUUAUGACCGUACAGAGUUGCCAUUUUGAUGGAGAAUACCAUAAAUCCUGAGGCAAGGGAGUUAACUGAGUAUAAAAGUCCAGUUUCCACCCUUGCCAAACUAGGCUGGAAUUUCUAGGCUUGAUCGUAGCGCCACCAGUGGCUAUUACGAGUUAUGUCCCUACUAUGUCCCUCUUAUUGACCAAUCAGAUUCCACCUCUCAUAUCACUUGCAUUUGUUUCAAACAAAAUGGCAGCACCUAGAUCGAUAAUCAAGAUCUAUGUUGAAAUAAAACAGGUCUUACCUGAGGAUGUGCAUCAAAUGACCUGAACACCUUGAUUAAAAACAUGAAAAGAUUUGGAAAAUAUCUGUCAACGCCCAGUUGGCGGAACACAUGCUUUGCAAAUCCUUCAGUCGAAUGAAAUCUGCAUGUUGAAAUCCAUGUUGUUUUUCAAACUGGAUGUCUAAUUCGUUUCGCAAUUUUGAUUGGACUAUACAUUGACAUGUUAGUCCAGCCCAACUACAACUCCAGCGAAAUUCCAGCCUAGUUCGGUAAGGAUGGAAACUGGACUUUUAUAGUUGGUUAACUCCCUUGCCUUGGGAAGUCGGGAGAACACAGACAGAAUGUAGUGUGUUGAUGUGAAUGUGACUACAUGGGAGAUAUACCCAGAAUGAUGUGAUUGGGAUAGCAUAGAAACAUCAUUGUGUUCCAGAGACAAUACUGUGUCCAGGCAUGCUACCUCAUCUAUAUAGUCAUAUUUAGGGCUGUGUAGCGGCAAAACCUUUGUAUUGCAGUAUAUUGCGAUACAGCUUUCUAUCUAGAUUGCGAAAUAUUGUGAGCUAAAGUAUUUGACACUGAUGACAUUAAUUGAACAUGCAGAACCUAUUUUGUACAUACUAAGGUAAAUAUUACUCAGCAUGGUCAGUUAACCGUGAAGAUCCAGGUUAGAACUGGUCUUCAGCAACCCAUGCUUGCCAUAAAAGGCCACUACGUUUGUCGUAAGAGGCAACUAACAGGAUCGGGUGGUCAGGCUCGCUGACUUGGUUUGA